GUCAGUACGCCGUUCGCCGACCGGUUCACACGUAAGAUAGUCGCGACGUCCGCGUGAAUUCCGGGAUCGCGAGAUUAAUACUCCGCGCGUUUGUUGUCUUCACUCUCACCGGUGUUUCCUCCCGCGGUCCGUUCAAGUCUCCCGCAACAUCGAACCGACGUCAUCAUGGCCAGUUACGUCAACUCGAAGUGCACUCCUACCGUGUUCGCGGCACCAAAUUUCGAUGCAAAAGAAGACGCGACAGCGCUGAAAAAGGCCAUGAAAGGUUUCGGGUGCGAUCAGAAAAUCAUAAUCGACAUCAUUGCCAGCCGUGGCAUUGUGCAACGCAUCGAAAUCGCGGAGGCGUUCAAGACGAUGUAUGGAAAGGAAUUGAAAAAAGAAUUGAAAAACGAACUGAGCGGACAUUUCGAGGACACCGUGUUGGCUCUGAUGACGCCACUUCCGGAGCUGUACGCAAAGGAGUUACACGACGCCAUCUCCGGGAUAGGCACCAACGAAGAAGUGCUUGUUGAGAUAUUGGGCACCUUGAGCAAUUUCGGUGUGCGGACGGUCGCCGAUUGUUACGAAAAAAUGUACGGCCACAAUCUCGAGAAGGACAUCAAAGGAGACACGUCGGGUCAUUUCAAACGUCUUUGCGUAUCCUUAAGUAUGGGAAAUCGAGAUGAAUCGCCAGUAGUAGACGAGGCUGCUGCGCGUUUAGACGCUGAGACUUUGUAUAACGCAGGAGAAAAAAUCAAAUGGGGCACGGACGAAUCGGAAUUCCACAGGAUUUUGGUAACCAAAAGUUAUCAGCACUUGAGACGUGUCUUUUUGGAAUACGAGAAAAUAGCUUCCAAGGAUAUCGAAGAGUCAAUCAAAAGCGAAUUUUCCGGUGAUAUAUCUAUGGGUCUAUUGUCUAUCGUAAAAUGUAUUAAGAGCAAAGUCAACUUUUUCGCGGAGCGCUUACACAAGAGUAUGGUUGGUUUGGGAACGGACGACCGAACACUAAUAAGAAUCGUGGUUUCCAGAUCGGAAAUUGAUCUUGGAGAUAUAAAAGUAGCUUUCGAGAAGAAAUACGGUAAAAGUUUGGAGUCGUGGAUCACCGGUGAUACUUCUGGAGAUUACAAGAAAAUUUUGUUGAAAAUUGUCGCUUAAACAACGGUUUUGAUUUUUAAAAUAUUCACGAGUGAUUUUUCAUUUUUACAU